GGGGCCGUUUCGGGCGACUUUGGCGGUUGUCGAGCGGUAGCGGGUCGCAGUGAGUGUCCCCGUCAUGUCUGGUCGUGGCAAACAGGGAGGGAAGGCCCGCGCUAAGGCGAAGUCGCGGUCUUCUCGCGCUGGGCUCCAGUUCCCGGUGGGGCGAGUGCACCGCCUACUGCGUAAAGGCAACUACGCCGAGCGGGUGGGGGCCGGCGCGCCGGUCUACAUGGCGGCGGUCCUCGAGUAUCUGACGGCGGAGAUCUUGGAGCUGGCGGGCAACGCGGCCCGAGACAACAAGAAGACGCGUAUCAUCCCUCGUCACCUGCAGCUGGCUAUCCGCAACGACGAGGAGCUGAACAAGCUGCUGGGCAAAGUCACCAUCGCCCAGGGCGGCGUUCUGCCCAACAUCCAGGCUGUGCUGCUCCCUAAGAAGACGGAGAGUCACCACAAGGCAAAGGGCAAGUGAGGCCGGCGUCCGGAGGCCCGCCCAGCCCCCGUGUGGUGGGGGCACCUGUGAAAUCAAAGGCUCUUUUCAGAGCCACCCACUUCUUCAAAUAAAAAGAGUUGUUACAGUA